CGUCCGGUCCCCAGGAGCGCCAUGGCGGAGCUGGUCCCCCUGGCGGAGGAGCUGUCGUGCUCCAUCUGCCUGGAGCACUUCAAGGUGCCGGUCACCACCCCGUGCGGCCACAACUUCUGCAGCUCGUGCCUGGACGAGACGUGGGCCGUCCAGGAGCCGCCGUACCUGUGCCCGCAGUGCCGCGCCAGCUAUCAGGAGCGGCCGCAGCUGCACAAGAACACGGUGCUGUGCGCGGUGGUGGAGCAGUUCCUGCAGGCCGAGGUGGCCCGGGCGGCGCCGUCGCCCCCCGACGGCUGUACGCCGCCCGCCCGCGCCGCGGAGCCCAGCCCGCCCUGCCAGGUGGCCUGCGACCACUGCCUGAAGGCGCCCGCCGUCAAGACGUGCCUGGUGUGCAUGGCCUCCUUCUGCCAGGAACACCUGCAGCCGCACCUCGACAGCCCCGCCUUUCGGGACCACCAGCUGCAGCCGCCCGUCAAGGACCUGAUGCGCCGCAAGUGUCCCCAGCACAACAGGCUGCGGGACUUCUUCUGCCCCCAGCAUGAUGAGUGCAUCUGCCACAUCUGCCUGGUGGAGCACAAGGCCUGCUCGCCUGAGACCCUGAGCCAGGCCAGCGCAGACCUGCAGACCAAGCUGAAGCAUAAACUGACCAUCAUAUGCGAUCAGAUCAAUGGUGCAUCGAGGGCGCUGGAGGACGUGAGAGCCAGGCAGCAGGACAUACGGGAGACUGCCCGCAGGAAGAUGGAGCAGCUCAGACAAGAAUAUGUGGAAAUCAAGAUACUCAUUGAUGCUGCAGAGGCCAUCUGCACACGAAAGAUAAAGGAGGAGCAGAAGAGGGUCAAUACCAAGUUCGACAACAUUUACCAGAUCCUCCUCAAGAACAAGAGUGAGAUCCAGACUCUGAAGGAGGAGAUUGAACUUGCCCUGACCAAGGAGGACGAGUUCGAGUUUCUGGAGAAAGCGAUCAAACUGCAGGGAAUCUCGACAAAGCCGGUCUACGUCCCCAAGAUGGAGCUGAAUCAGGAGCUGAUAAAGGGUGUCUGCCAGGGCACCUCAGACCUCAAAAACGAGCUGAAGCGGUAUAUCAGGCUGCCCCAGGACAAGAAGCCCGAGGGACCCACCGGCUUAGGGAACCUUGGAGAGCAUGGCCCAGCGUCCACGCACAAACCUGCACACUUUGUGAAGAAGUUCCUGAAAGAAGAAAAGAAACACAAGAAACCUCCUGUAGCCAAAGCCUCCGCUGUGCAGCCGAACCCGGUGUCCCUCACGACCAAGGUGCUGGAUACCUUCUUAGCCAAGUCCAGGCCCGAGCUCCUAGAGUAUGCCACUAAGUUCAGCCUGGACUACAACACCGCCCACAACAAGGUGGCUCUGUUGGAGAACUACACUGUAGCUUCUGUGGCCGACUUGCCCCUGAACUAUCAGCCACACCCCAAGAGGUUCACAUACUGCUCUCAGGUGCUGGGCCUGCACUACUACAGGAAGGGGAUCCACUACUGGGAGGUGGAGCUGCAGAAGAACAACUUCUGCGGGGUGGGCAUCUGCUAUGGCAGCAUGCCCCGCCAGGGCCCCGACAGCCGGCUCGGUCGCAACAGCGCCUCCUGGUGCGUGGAGUGGUUCAAUACCAAGGUCUCUGCCUGGCACAACAAUGUGGAGAAAACGCUGCCCUCCACCAAGGCCACGCGGGUCGGCGUGCUUCUCAACUGUGACCAUGGCUUCGUCAUCUUCUUUGCCGUCACCGACAACGUCCACCUGAUGUGUAAGUUCAAGGUGGACUUUACCGAAGCUGUGUACCCGGCCUUCUGGGUGUUCUCUGCGGGUGCCACGCUCUCCAUCUGCUCCUGCAAGUAGGCCGGCCACGGACACUGACCUCUGGGUGCCCAAGACAGUGGUGGAAGGCCUGCAGGUGGAACUGUCCCAGAGCUUCCUGUGACUCUUCAGGGUUGAGAGUAUGGGAGGGGGAAGGGGGAGGUGGAGGGAGGGGGAGGUGAUCGCGCUGUGGACCAGGAAGCACUUCUGCCUCCUGGUGCCCAUCAGGGCAGGGUGACCUCCUCCCUCUUGUUCCCGUAGGUCCCCAGCUGCUGGCAGCUGGAUGGGGGUUUUGGGAGGUAAAGUCAUUAGCGCCCUUUCCUCUUGGAGGGAAUCUGUAGCCACCGUGGGCCCUUUCUCGGCGGUGGGGGGGGGGGGGUGGUGGUGUAAGGUCCUGGCCAUCUGGCGCAGCCUUCGGAUCUUAAUGUUUUGAUUACUGUCGAUAGGGCUAUUCAGCUUAAUAUAUUGAUUUAAAAAAAAAAAUCCCAUGUCAUUGAAUUUCAGUAUUAUUCACCCCCUGUAUGUGGGGUUUGGGUGUAUGCUCAGAUUCCUGGUUAUUUUGUAUCCUUAAGGGAAACUGCCCAUCGCAGGUCUCCACCCAGAUCAGAGUUUCUAAAAGAAAUGGGUUCUCUCCCUCCACUGGAGAAUGACCCUGCUUCCCUUCCUUUCCUCGUACCUCAUACCCCGUCCACGGUUUUAAAAUAUUUAAUCCAGCAGGAAACUUUUCAGACUAAGGUUUCAAACCAUGAUCUGAAUGUGUUGAAUUUGUGAUUCAAGGUCAAGGUGACCCAGGUCCCAUGUUGGGAACCCUUUCCACUCCCACUCUUGGUGGACACUCUUUGGCUGUACCCACAAGAGCCUUGCGGGAGGCCUUCUUCCCACAGCUUAGGCUUCGGAGCCUGGAACCCCACUGGGCAAGGGUGACCCUGACCUGGGUUGGCAUUGUGGUGGUUUUGCUCUUACUAGCGUCGUGGCUUCUUACUGACAACUGUGCUCAGUGAGAGCCUCUCAUCCGAAGGGCUGUGAGGUACUUGACGGGCUGGCGUAGAUACCACUGUGGCCAGCACAGUCGACUGGACUGCUGAGCUUGAUAUCCCCGGUCCACGAUCAUACAGACGAGUCACGUGGGGCUACCUCCAGGACCAUGCCAGUUCUCUUGCUGGGGUGACCACCUGUGGCCAAGGGAGUCUUCUAGCAGGUCCCGUGGGAAACAGCAACAUUCCUAUUCAUCCCCGGCCACAGGAUGCAGGCCCAGUGUGACCCUCUUGCGAGUCGCACGCCUGUCACUGGCACUGCACUAACCCUUUCUCUUUUCCUCAUUUGAGCUAAUUCCAGAUGUGGGGACUGACGAGGCUAGGGGGCCCAGAGACUUUCAGGGCCAGUGAGAAAACAAGCUAUGGGACUGAAGCACAAGGGGUAUCUUUUCCUGCAGUGUUUUCUGUGCAGUGAAAAUAACCCCAGUCCGCUAAGGGGCAGGAGGGAAUGGAUUGCCAGAAUUUCCCGAGCUCCUUCUAUCCUGAUGUUGUCAGGAUGUAAAGUCCCAGUCCAAAAGUGGGAGAAAUUUAACCUCAUUUUGGUGAAACGAAUCCUGGGCUUUCCUAAGAGGGGAGCUCAGGUCAGGCUCUUUGUAGUAUAAAAAAGAGGUCAAGCACUGGGGACGUGGGGACCCCGGACCUUUUCUGUGAAUGUUUGAGAGUUUAACACGUCUCUGGCCUUGUGCUGGAGUCCCCGGGGCUCUCGAACCAGGCCCAGAGCUCUGCGAACUCUUGACAGGUGUGUUGAUCUGCGUCCCCUCCCGGUCAGGACCUUCACUUCCUUGGGAGAGAGAUCAUCUUUGUUGGGGAGACAUCCCUGCAAUGGCUGAG